CUUUAUAACUUUGGAAGGGUAUCUGAGUUUUGUGAGAGAGUGGGGGAAGAGUGAUAAUGAAGAUGGGGGCCAAGUGGGACCUCCAAUUUCACUCAGUGGAGCAAAUAAGUCACAGGAAGUGGAAGCUGCAAUGUCAAGCAAAGCAAAAACAUCUUCAAAAAUCACUAUCUUCCACCCACCCCCAAAAAGAAAGAGCAUGAGAAGAAAAAAGUGGUUAAAAGAACAACCAUAACAUCAUCACCAUUUUCUUCUUCAUCACCAUUUUCUUCACCUUCUCCUUCUUCUUCACCCCUACCUACUUUUAUACUCAACCUCCCUUGACCUCCCACGAAGCAAGCUCCAUCAUCACACUUUUUCUUGGAAAACUAACGGAAAAAAAGGCAUUGAGAUACCAAGAAGGCAGUGUUUUCCAAUGGCUUCAUAUAAUCAGACUACUGGUUUCCGGUACAAUCUGAACUCAGAUGCAAUAAGCGUUGCAAAUGGUGAUGCAGAGUUUUCAGGGAUUCUAGAAAUCUAUGUUCAUCAUGCUAGGAACAUCCACAACAUAUGUAUCUAUGAGAAUCAAGAUGUGUAUGCAAAAUUCUCUCUUACUUACAACCCUGAUGAGACCCUCACAACUAGAAUCAUCAAUAGAGGUGGAAAAAACCCGGAUUUCAAUGAAAACUUGAGGAUGAAAAUCACUCAGCCUGAUGCUGUCCUCAAAUGUGAAAUCUGGAUGCUUAGCAGGGCUAGAAACUACAUGGAAGACCAGCUUCUUGGUUUUGCUUUGGUCCCAAUUUCAAAAGUUGUUGAAAAUGGAAAAAUGACUGAAGACUAUAGCCUCUCUUCCACUGAUCUCUUCCACUCCCCAGCUGGAACUGUCCAAUUGACUCUUUCCCUCGACAAAUCUUUACCCAUAAAUCCUUCCCUCAAUCCAUUAUCUGAAUCUUCCACAACUUCAUCCAUAACCUCAGAAGUCAUAUUGCUUGAUAGGAAAAUAUCAGAAGUCAUCUUAGACCCAGUUGAGUAUUCCAGGAUUGAAUUCCCAGACAUCAAUGUGGUAAGAGAGAAUCAACAAAUGGUUUCCGAGUACUUCGAUUUGGCAAGCCAUGUUACAGGUUCUAAGGCUGCCUCAUGUGGAGUUGCUUCUUUUCUUCAUCUUGGCUCAUCUCCUCAGCCUGCUGAUGACUAUGAAAUGACUGCAAAUUCAUCUGAGGACAACCAUGGUGAUCCCAUUUCUCCAAAUGAGAGCAUACAGAAUUCCGGCUUCUUUAGUUCAACCACAACAAGCCUAAGUGAUGAUCGGAACUCAGCUGAUUCGAUCGAGAAAAAGAACCGUGCAGCUGGUGAAUCAUCGAAUUCCGGUAAUGCCUCCAUCACUAAUGAAGCAGCAAACCAAGGCUGCAAUGCUUGUCCCGACACUCCAACUUCGAAAAAGGGAAGAGAUGCCGGAGACGAAAAGGAUUCGAACUUUUCAAGCAAGGAAGAUCAAGAGAAGAACAACAACUGCAAAGAAGGGAACAAAAUUGGAUCAGCUCAGUUUGGUCAGGUGUUUUCAGCUCCACUUGGGAACAUCAAUCUUGAAGCUGAGCAAUCUGCAAUGCAGCAACAAAUAGUUGACAUGUACAUGAGAAGCAUGCAACAAUUCACUGAGUCUUUGGCAAAGAUGAAGCUUCCAAUGGAACUUGGUAAACCAGAACGUCCUGCUGAUCAUGGUGAGAUUAUCAGAAACCAUAACAACAACAUAGAACUUGACAAAAAGAAGGAUGGAUCGCGGGUUUUCUAUGGCAGCCGAGCAUUCUUCUGAUUCAUAUUUGGUGCUGCAAACUAUGAUGUAUUCUAGCAGAACACAGACUUUUUGUUCAAUCAGAACAAAGUUCAGUGUUUCCAUCAGCUUCCUGGUAUUAAUUAGAGAAAAAAAAAAUUUCUUUAGUUUUUGUUCAA